GACAGCAGCGAACUCCGACACGGAUCCUGAACCAGAGGACGAUGACCCGAGACGCCGGAGCCACAGAGAUGGAAACCUUCUCUGACACACAGAGAAGCCCCUCCAGCGACGGACCAGACGACCAGAUCCAGACACACGAGGACCAUUCCAUUUGGGAUCCCAGCAGGAAGCCGCUGGUGUCCGGACUCCUGGGAAUGAACGUGUUCCUGCUGGGAGCAGCUCUGGUGACGGGACAGGCCUUCAACCCCGACGGCCUGAAGAAAGCCCAGCCCCAGGUGUUCAUAGUGGUGCUGAUGCUGGUCGGCCUGAUCUGGAUGCUCUGGUACCUGCUGUGGGCCAGGAAGCAGCCUGACAUCAGUCCACAUAAAGACCACCACGCCGGGGGGGUCACCGUCACCGUGGGGCUCCUGCUGUUCGCUGCAGUCAGUCUGCUGGUGUUCAUCUUCAGGGCCGGCUAUCUGAUCCACGUCAGCAACUGCACACCUGCUGCUGAGGUGCUGUCUCCGUUCAUAGAGGCUCCGUUUCUAGGACUGCAGACAUAUUUGCUCUGGGCUCAUUCCAAAGACUGCAUUCACAAACACAAGGUGAUCACCAGCUCUGGGCUGAUGGUGAUCCUCUCAGCCGACCUGCUGCUGUGGCUCAACGCCGUGACGGAGGACACGAUCCACGAGGAGAUCGAGCUGGAGAAGGCCAUGAACAAGACGAAAGUGACUGAGGACGAUGGCACCGAUUACGACGGCAACUUAACCUUGUGUUCAUGCCCCGCCAGUCCAAGCUGCCUGGUCUUUAGGAAGGGCUUUGAGGUCCUCUACCCCUUCAACAUCGAGUACUACCUGAUGGCAGCCUGCAUGGUCUAUGUGAUGUGGAAGAACGUGGCCCGCAGGGUGACUGCAGGCCACCACCACCACCACGCUUCUCAUAAGGUCACCCUGCGCAUGAUCUACGACGGUGGAGCGGUUGGCCUGGUCUUUGGCACCGUGGUCCUCGCUGCAGGAGUGACCAUCUUCGUCCUCUAUCAGAUCUGGGUCAACCGUCAGGAGCUCCGUCUCACCUCCUUCCUCAUGUUCUACGGCUACCACAUAGCCGUCAUGCCCCUCAUGUGUCUGUGCUGCUCGGCCGGCAUCCUGGUCCACAUGCUGGAGAGGAGGGCGCAUCAGGACGGACACAAUCCCUCCAGGAAGCUGGACGUGGUCCUUCUGGUGGCGGCGGCCAUCGGCCAGCUCGCUCUCUCCUACUUCUCUCUGGUGGCGGCAGCAGCUGGGGAAGCCAAUGAGCUGCUGGAGAACCUGGACCUCUCCUACUCCCUCCUCACGCUGCUGCAGAUCAUCCUCCAGAACAUCUUCAUCAUCGAAGGCCUCCACAGGCAUCCAGAGCUGUCGGCCAAGAAGAAAAGCACGUUAGGGAAGAUAUUAAAGCUUAAAAACAAAGCAGCACAGGAGAAGAGGACGGAUACGGAGCUGCUGGACGGCAGCGCAUUGGCCUCGCCUGCUGUUCAACAGGAGGAGAAGAAGUCACCGACCAAGAGAGCCAUUCAGGAGAUCUGUGCCUUCCUCAUCCUCUGCAACGUCAUGCUGUGGAUCAUUCCUGCCUUUGGGGUCCACCCUCAGUUUGAGAACGGCGUGGGCAAGCAGUUCUUUGGCUUCACCGCCUGGUUCGUGAUGGUGAACCUGGGCCAGCCGCUCAGCGUCUUCUACCGGAUGCACUCGGUGGUGGCGCUGAUGGAGCUGUUCAUCACUGCCUGAGCACUGGGCCGCGUCAUGGAGGGCUUACGUUACGUUUACGCUACAGGAGCAGAAUAUGUGGACGUCGCUGCUGCUCCACGCGUGAUGGUUUGAGAGCUUCCAGCUCCACACUCUGAUCACCAGCAUCUGGUUACUGUUACACAAACUAUACUGUUAAAAGUCAGACAUUGGAAUCACUGGGAUAAAGGAAAAAAAUAUUAUUAUCCAUAAAUAAACUGAAAAACUGGACAUGAGUGAUUAGAUGCUGCUGGAGGUUGUUGAAUGAUGAUGAUCAGCUGCUUUUGGAUACGGUGUAUUUUAUGUUAGUUUCUUUUCAUUACAACAGUAUUCCUCAGUUUUUCUGUGUUGAGGAGAAAAUAUCUAAACUAAAAUUAAAUUUUAUUAGGUAAUACUCGUGAAUACUACUGGUGAAUGUGCCAUGUAUUUAAUUCAUCUGCUCAUAUUAAAGUCUUUUUUUCAUGUGCA